UGUCCCGCCCCCGCCCGGCACACGGACUCCUCGCCGCUCCGGCUGCAGCUCCCGCGCCCUCCUCCCGCCGCCGCGCCCGCCCGGACCCCGCUGCGAUGAGUCCCCGGCGCUGCUGAAGGAUGGUGGCGGCCAGGAGAGCGCCUGUGCCCCGGCUCGGAGCCCUCCUCCUGCCCGGGAUCGUCCUCGGAGCCUGCCUGCUGCGGCCCGGCGCUGGCAAACCAGAGGAGUCCUGUCCACGGAGCUUGGACUGCACGCUGCAGAGAAGGGCGUUCUGCCCCCCUGGUUCCCAUGCCUGUGGUCCCUGCCUCCCGCAGUUUGUGGAAGAUGAACACGGAAGAUGCGUCCAGAGGAAGUGGUCCUCCACUGGGAGAACUUCUGUUCCCAACCUAGAGGAAGAAAUCGACUUCUUAGCUGACGUGCUGGCCAGACAGGAUGCCGCUCGCCUCCAUCUGCUCCAGGAUGCCACCCAGGCCCCGUCAGGGAAGCAUCCUGAAGCCGCUGGGGCGAGAGGGGAGUCCCCCAAGAGGAACAGAGCGAGCCACAGGGCUGUGACAUCUCAUCCCACCACUGCCACCAAGACAGUGAAGAGUUCUCCAGUGGAGGUGUUCCAUGUCACUUCAAAUGACCUCCUGAUACUCGGGAUGAUCGUGGUGUUCUCGGUCGCCGGCAUCGUUGCUUUAAUCGUGGCUGCGAUCUGCUGGUGCAGGCUGCAGAAGGAAAUCAGACUAGCUCAGAAAACCGACUACCCAUCUCAGAAGCUACCCGGCCCCCUGCCAUACGACAAAGUCUCGCCUGGGGAUCAGACGCUGGCUCAGAGCGCCCAGAUGUAUCACUACCAACACCAGAAACAGCAGAUGCUCUCCAUGGAAAAGCAUAAAGAGGAGCCCAAACUGCCUGACUCGGCAUCCUCCGACGAGGAGAACGAAGACGGUGAUUUCACGGUGUACGAGUGCCCAGGGCUGGCUCCUACUGGAGAAAUGGAAGUGAAGAACCCCCUCUUUGACGACUCGACCUUACCCCCUCCGGGCCCCAAGUCACACCAGUAACCUCUCUCCCGCCCGAGCUCGCUACGGACCGGUAUGCAGAAUGCCAAAAACCGCCAGCACCUCGGCUCCUCCCGAGGGACUCCGGACGAGGCUGCCACUCAGUGCGCGGAUUCCCAGAAUCCACCGCCAGACUGUUAGACCCCGCUCAGUACACACCUGCCGACAGCUUUGGGGGGUCGCUCCUGGUUCCAGCUUCUCCUUGUUCUUUCUGUUGUGAUCUCGCUUGUUCCCUGCCCUGUGUUCCCUGUAUUCUUUCAGCUGCUGGGAGCUCUGGUUCCUCUGGAGAUGGGAGGGGGCAGCUGGUUGGCUGAGUGCUAGCGCAAGGGCUGGCAGUUUUGGGUUUGUUUUGUUUGUUACUUUGGGGGUCGGGGGAUACUAGUGGUACAGCGGGUGCAAAGGGGUCCUGGGAAGGGACCUCUAGAGGGGAUCAAGGAGUGAACAGCAAAGCAAGGGCCUUGCCUUCACUCCCCGGCACUCUGGCAAACAUCCCACCUGACCCUUGCAAACACCAGUGCUGCUAGCGGGAGCAGAAGUGACGCACAGUGGCCCACGCUGGCAGCCCACUGGAGCCCAGGGUGCACUAGUGCUUGCAGCCGAACUGGUGGGAAACUUUCCAAGAAAAGUCUAGUGUAGACCUGGCGAAAAGAGCCACGGUCCUUCCUCGUGGCUGGAUCCUACUGCGCCCCUCCACCAGAAAUCCUCUCCAGCCAAGAGACUAGAGAGCCCUUGGUGCCCAGGUUACAUGUCGUCCUGCCAAAAGUAGGAGCAAAAGGAGCCGUGGGUGGGAACUUAGUGGAAUGGGAACCAGCUCUCCCCGUAGCACAUUGUCCUCGAGCUGUGGAGUCAGCCCAGUCCAUGGCUUGGCCCAUCCCAGUGAGCAAACGGGGGGAUACCCCACCCCAAAUCACGCUUGAUAUCUGGCUUCCCAUUUGGGUGACUUUAGACUCGGUGCCUUUGUCUCGCUGUCCCUGGGAGUUGGGGUCUGGUACAGCAAGUUUGCCCUAUCACCGAAUUCUGCUGUGAUGCAGGUUUUAUAAUUCCAUGUUUGUAGCAUUUUUCCAACGAGUAACUUGGCCAGGGCGCACACACCUUUCUGGCCAUCUUCUCUCUUUCGUUGUAUAAAACAGUUUGUCCAAUAAACCAGCUAUGCAGGUUUCUGAUGGUGGAUUUCUCAGCCUGCCAGACUCUUUGAUUUGCUCAUUAAAAUAAGCCUCUGGCCUCUCUGGUUGAUGUCAUCAGUUGCUGUGGAACAGAAAGCUAUGGCGUGUGUGCACUCCCCAACUGCUGCCAGACACCAGUGCUGUGGGUUAGUGGCUGGAAAUGCUCUCUGAUGGGCCAGUGCUCUCCUCCGGCCUACCUGCCCUGGGAGCAAAAAGAAAAACAAACAUCUUUGCAUGGUCCCUAGGGAAAGAGUGAAUUCCAUAGUGCCAAACCCCAGCAGCGAGAAGCCCCGCACUGCCCUUUCUAAUGCCACCACAGUGGGACGAGACGGCCUCGUCUCUCUAAUGGGAAAAGUAGUGAAAGUUCACGUGUUCAGAAAUGUCAAAGGUGUAACUUUUAAACUGUUCCCAGCCCCCGUGCAGUCUGCAGGAGGCAUAUUGCUUCUUUCUGGAGCUUUUCCUUCCCACCGUGAGCCCUUUUGCUGAACAAGCACUGGCCAGUGCACCUGUGCAAACCAGGAGCCCAAGGAUUACACCCCGUUUGCCCCAAAAGGGGCACGUUUCCACUUCCCUUCAAGUCUUAAUGCCAAGGCCUGGGCUGGGCUAUGGAGCAGAGUAUGCUGGGAUACCUCCAUGCUAGCCUUGGGCCCCACUGUAACACUGCCCGGGCCACGGCUCCUCUCUUGACUCACCCGAGUCGCUGCUGCUUGUGAGUGUGACUAACAGGCCGAUCACCGUGCAUGAGAAGCGGGGCCCUUUAAAGCUCCGCCCAUUUUGGAGGGUGCAGGAGGGGUGCAAUGCAUUCCCACCCCCUGUGGCUAACCCCUCCCCUCACGGCUUUCUUGUGUGGCUCUAGAGGCCCCCACGGACACCCCAGGCUGAACACACCCAGUGCAUACAGGAUCUGGCCCAAUGUUGAAUCUCAGGUUGUUUCACUCACGCGGCUCCACAUCCCAAUCCCACGCGUGGAACGUUGAGUUCACUGUGCAGCUCCCUGCCUUCGCCCCUCCCGUCGGUCCCUGAGUGAACUGGACGGAGAGGGGCCGGAACCUCUGCAUGUGUAUGAGGCCCAGGCACACAGCCCCGCAGGGUCGUCACUAGUGAAUCGGCCUGCACCAGGGUGCCCCUGGAAAUACACUGUGCAUGGCAGAGCCCCCAGUGGCACUGUGUGUGUGAACAGCUGCGUGACGAUGGCACGGCCGUGCGUAGACUAAAGCCUCGAUCACACGAUUUUAUGGCUACGUUGUCACUUUACGAUCCCUUAUCCUUUACCGUACGUCGUGUGUUCAUGUCGAUUCCUGACCCGAAACCGUAAUUGUUGUAUGGAUUGUAUUAUUUUAAAAAGAAAGUUUUAUUAAAUGACCAUAUUUCAAACCAA